AGGGUUCUAUUUAAGUCAGUCAAGACUUACAGAACUCCACUAUUUUGGAUUGUCUUUCUGUGUCGCCGGUCCAGUAUGAUCCGUUUUGUUGUCCUCAGCGUCCUUCUGUGUGUUGUGUCUGCGCAGCUUCCAAGACCAUGUGAAUCACCCAAGCAAUGGGAGGGGAAAGUGAUCACGGUAGACAGAAAAGAAAAUUUCUUCAGGGCCGGGCGCAUCAGCUAUGACGAGUACGCCCCUCGUUUCCGUAUCAUCGAAGAAGAGGCUGUUGGUAAACAAGUGGAUUACUAUGAUGUAUUGUACCUCCACAAUGUGGGCAAGGAAUAUCGCCUCAACUUGAAAACACGACAGUGUAACGUGACCGCCUUAACUCGCCCCUUCCGUCCGUUCGGAGUACCUCCAAUGGCUAACUUCACUGGCGAGGCCACCAUUGGCGCUGCCGGUAUCGCCGGAGAAAAUGUCGUCAUCGAGAACUUUAACGGACAAUUCACAGACGGAACCAAGUUCUUCGGUGACGUCACAUACCCAGAUUGUAUUCCCGUUUCUAAUGGAUUCUUCAACAAUGACAUUGGAUUUGCAAUGAAUACAUUUUUCGAUAUCAAUAUCGGAAUUACAGACCCAAUGGUGUUCAUUCCACCAAGGGAAUGCGCAGGAAAGUGAUCUGAAAAUCUUUUUUUAUUAAUUUAGAUUUUUUAUAUAUUUUUGAAAUAAUAAACUUUAGAAACAAA